CAGGAAGUACCGCAGAGACAGGCUAGCAGGCUAGCAGCUGUUAGCACGCGGCUCGCUGGCGCUUCAUGAAUACUUAACGUGUUGUCCUACAGGAAUAACACGGGGAUCAACAAUCGUCGGGUGCAGCGUUUCGGCACAUCAUGUCCAGCAAAAAGCGAACGAGGGAGAAGGAGAAGGAGAAGGAGGGCGGACGGGAGCACAAGAAACACAAGUCGUCAAAGCACGAUUUGGAAAAACUGAAAACGCAAACGAGAAAACUCAGCCAAGAAGUUCAGCAGCUGAAACACAUCGAGACGUUCUAUGAGAAACCUCCACCGGGACUCAUAAAGGAGCACGAGGAGAAACCAGAGGACUGUAUUCCCGCGGAACCAGGAAACGAGGAAGCCCGGAACUUCCUGGCCCACGCGCCCACCAGGGGGCUGUGGAUGCCUCUGGGGAAGGAGGUGAAGGUGAUGCAGUGUUGGCGGUGCAAGCGCUAUGGUCACAGGACGGGAGACAGGGAGUGUCCUUUCUUCAUCAAAGGCAACCAGAAGCUCGAGCAGUUCAGAGUGGCUCAUGAAGACCCGAUGUAUGACGUAAUCCGAGAGAACAAAAGAAACGAAAAAGAAACCAGGAUCCAGCAGCUGCAGCAGUUGCUCCAGGACACCACCUCAUCCUCCUCCUCCGACUCAGACAGCUCUUCCUCUUCCUCCUCGUCCGAGCACCGCGGCAAGAAGAAGAAAAAGAGGAAGGACAAGAAAAAGGACAAGAAGAAGAGAAAGAGGAAGCGAAAGCACAAGUCAUCCAAAACGAGUGACAGCUCAGAUUCAGACUGAGUGUGCAGAACAUGCUAAUACAUAAUGUGUGUAUUAUGUGCUUUAAAUGUAGCGAGAGAAGUGUGCAGCGUGUAAGAAGAGCACUCUCCUUUCCUCUGCAGGUUGAGAGGUAACAACUUGAAUCUACACCCUCUCUGUUACAUCAAACCCCACAGGCUGAUAUGAAGCAUCAAAAAAGCUUUGGCCGCGUUGGUAAAGAAUCCAAAACUAUACGAACGGAGCCAGCUGCUGUAAGAGAUAACCGCCUUUGACUGGCUUUUAAUGAGCCAGCAAAUACAGUGUGUUAUUAAGAGAUUGUAUUUUCCAUGUUUUUUUUUUCAAUCCCUGCCAUCUCUGGGGUAUUAAAUACUUUGAUUGUAGAGCGGCAAAGAGAUGGAAAUGGCCUAAAUUAUACAUCGGCGUUCAGUUACAGCUUGUUUUCCACAAACGCCUGAAUGUUGAGUGAGUGACUGUACAUAAAUAGAUGGAAUGAUUUGAGGUUGGAAUAAUCUUAUUUGCUGGGAGCGAAAAAAAAAAAGCCACGGACACGAGGAAGGAAUGUAUGUGAAUGUGUUCCCUUAUGAAAGUAGAGCUGUUUAUUCUGUGCGCACCCAUAUGCAGAAACAAAGCUGUUGAUCAUCACGGCCUUGA